AUGUUUAGAAACGCCAUUCGAGCGCGAGUCUCUCUGCUACCCGGCCGCCUACCCGCUGCCCUAGCCUGCCGGUGGAACUCGUCUGUGCCAGCUGCGCAAAAUCUCAGGAUCAACGGCGACCGUCUAUGGAAUGAUAUUCACUUCACUGCCCAAUACAGCGCUCCAUCCCCGGGAGGGGUGACCCGAUUAUGUGCAGACGAGAAUGACAAGUUUGCCCGGGACUGGUUCCGAGACCAAGUGCUGCAGCUGGGUGCAGAGUACAAGGUCAAUGCGACGGGCAGUCAAUUCGCAGUAUUCGGCGGCGAGGACUAUACCGUGCCACCGAUUGCCAUGGGGAGCCAUCUUGACACAGUAGCCACAGGCGGGAAGUUCGAUGGGCCACUCGGGGUUCUAUCGGGUCUGGAAGUUAUACGCAGCUUCAAAGAACAGGGCAUCAAGACACGUGCCCCCCUCGCCCUGAUUAACUGGACCAAUGAAGAAGGUGCACGCUUCUUCCCCCCACUGGGCUCGUCGACCGUUUACGCAGGGCAGACGGGUGUAGAGCAGGCGCAUGCGUCCCUCUCCAAUGAUGGUUCUGGCAUCACCAUGGGAGACGGGUUAAGGAAGAUCGGCUACGUCGGCGACGGUCCAAACACAUUCGAGGAAUUUCCCAUUUCGGCCCAUUUUGAAGUCCACGUUGAGCAGGCAACGGACUUGGAAAAGGCCGGCAAGCCGGUCGGCUGGGUUGAAGGGUGGCAUGGGAUAACCUACUAUGAGGUGACCUUUUCCGGCGAGGACGGCCAUGCCAAUACCUACCCAAUGUACGGACGGCGCGAUGCAUUGACUGGCGCAGCAAAACUCAUUACGCAGCUCGAAACACUGGCAUAUACAAAAAACGGAUAUACCACGGUAACCAACAUCCAAAGCGGGCCUUGGGGUGCAUGCAACAUCCAGUCGAAGACGAAGGUUGUCUUCUGUCUUAUGCACAGAGAAGGAGAAGGACUGGAGGACAUGGGCGCUGAUAUUGUCCGGUCAAUCAAGGGCAUUGCCUCUCUACAUGGACUGGAGUAUAAGUUAAGUCGACCAGUCCAUCUUUUGCCGGGCAACUUCUGGCCAGAGGCCGUUGACUGUGUUCGUCGAGCUUGCGGUGAUAGGGGUAUCGGAUCACGCACGGGCACUGGCCACGAUUCGACUAUGACCCGGCUCAAAUGUCCAACAGCGAUGAUCUUCGUGCGAGGAAAGGAUGGAAUCAGCCAUUGCGCGAAAGAAUGGAGUGACAAGGAGGAUUGUGAAGAAGGCGCUCUGGUCCUCGGCAAGGCAGUGCUCAACUUUGAUGCAUAUCUAGAGGACCACGCAGCAAAGCUAUAAGAUUA